AUGGCUCAAUCCACUCAGUGCUAUCUUCCGCGAUUCGCCUCUGCGGUCGAUGGUCUCAAACGCCCAACUUCGAUAAAAACGAAACCAAUAGCCUCGCAAAAUGCGCAGUUAUCAACCGCAUGCACCGAAGGCCGUUUGGACUCCAUCAUACGAGCGACAUGGGCUCUCGUUUUGCACUACUAUAUCCGAACCGAGGAUAUCUCCUUUGGUUACCAACUUCUCGCGGACUCAUGCCCGCAAUCUGCACAGCGCUCAAGUGGCGACAUUUCGACAAUCCGCGUUUCAAUCAGCGACAACGACUCUCUUACGGCCAUUGUAGAUAAGGUGCGCGCAACUGCACCGGAAACACGACUUGGACUCUCGGAGACAUCCGAGGGGCAUCUUCCUUUCAAUACGGUUGUGACGCUGUGUACAUAUGAUUCAGUUGCCGAUUCCACGCCCGCGACGGCAGCGCUCCCGGACGAGUGCCAAGUCCGUCUUCAUGUUCAGGUGCUGCGUGGAGACAUCAGUAUCUUCCUUGAAUGGCGCGAAGGCGACAUGUCCGAGGACCAAAUGAAGAGCGUGGGCAACAUUUUUGAGCAGUUCCUUGCCAAAAUCCUCUCUGCUGAGAACACCGCUAUUAGCCAGCUUAAUUUGUUCACAGAGAAUGAUUGGGAGCGCAUCUGCAAGUGGAAUGCCACCAUUCCCCAUCUUUAUGACCGCUGCAUCCAUGAGGCUAUCCACGACCAGAUGCUCAGCGGGCCAGACCGUGAGGCCGUUUGCGCAUGGGAUGGCAGUUUGACCUUUGGCGAGUUGGAUCGCCAUGCCUCGAAGCUUGCGUGUCACCUGCGCAUGCAGGGCGUCGGCCCGGAAAUCCGCGUGGCUUUGUGUUUCGAGAAAUCGAAAUGGAACAUUGUUGCGAUGCUUGGCGUUAUGAAAGCCGGGGGAGCGUUUUCUCCUCUCGACCCAACUCACCCCACGUCACGACUGAAGGGUCUCGUUGAAUCGCUCGACGCUUCGGUUGUCCUCUGUUCUGCGAAUCAUGCUGAGAAAUUACGACCGAUCGUCAAGACCUUAAUACCCCUUUCCGCGGAGACCCUGGACUCCCUGUCCGAUGCGGCGGAUAGUGUUGAUCUUGCAUCCGGUGUCACCAGUCAAAAUGCAGCUUACGUUCUGUUUACUUCCGGAUCGACUGGCGAACCCAAGGGAACUUUGCUGGAGCAUCGUGCGUUCCUGUCCAGUGCGAUGGUGCAUGGUCCCAGACUGCAUAUCUUCCGCGAAUCACGCGUGCUCAAUUUCGCUGCACACACAUUCGAUGCGAGCCUGGCUGAAAUUCUGACGCCGCUCAUCCACGGCGCUUGCGUCGUCGUUCCUAGCGAGGAGUCUCGCCUCAAUGACAUUGUCACCCCGAUCAAUGAAAUGCGAGUCACCCAAGCAACCUUUACGCCAUCUUUUAUCGGCUUCAUUGAUAUCGACAGUGUGCCGGGUCUGGAAACUUUGAUUCUCGCGGGCGAGGCAAUGUCGCAGUCCCAACUGGCCACUUGGUCCAGAAUUCAAUUGGUGAACGGAUAUGGGCCUACCGAGGCAAGUGUGGCGUGUGUGUUGAACUCUCAUGUCACACCAGACACCGAUUGCAAAGAUAUCGGCCUCCCGGUCGGUGUCAGGGCUUGGCUUGUGAACCCGGAGAAUCAUGACGAGUUGGUCCCUGUGGGGUGCCCUGGAGAACUACUUGUGGAAGGCCCUGGCCUGGCUCGGUGCUACGUGAACAACCCGCAAAAGACUAAUGAAUCCUUCAUCUACGACCCGGCCUGGACUCAACUUGACCCAAACAACACUCCUAAUCGAAGACUCUACAAGACCGGUGAUUUGGUUCGAUACAACGCAGAAACCGGCGCUUUGAAUUACAUUGGUCGCAAAGAUACCCAGGUCAAAGUGCAUGGUCAACGCAUCGAAUUGGGCGAGAUUGAGAACCAGCUGAGCAAGGACCCUCAAGUCACCCAUUGUUCCGUCCUCUUCCCCAAGUCCGGUUUCUCCAAGGGUCGUCUGGCGGCCGUUCUCUCCUCCACUGGCUUGCUUGCCGAGCAGUCUGAUUCGGACGCAGAGCCUCUAGGACUAAUUCCUGCCUCGAAAAAGGCCGAGCUAGUCCCCGGUGUGCGAGAGCGCUUAUCCGCACGUCUUCCCACGUACAUGGUCCCGGCCGUUUGGCUUUGCGUCGAAGCUUUGCCACUAUUGCCAUCGGGGAAACUCGAUCGCAAGGGAAUUUCCACUUGGGUUGCCGGUAUGGAAAGCGAUCCUGAUAUGCUGAACGGUGCUUCCGCCUUGGUUAUUGACGCGGAGGCCACUCAACCCGCCAACGAGCGAGAGGAAGCACUAGCCGCGGUUUACAGCCGUGUCCUCAAUAUUCCCCAGAACCAACUCAACCUUAAUGAGAGCUUCUUGGCUCUCGGAGGAGAUUCCAUCGCAGCCAUGACAUGCAUCGGCCUCUGCAAGAAGCGCGGGUUCGCUCUUUCAGUACAGGAAAUGCUGCGUAGCAAGUCUAUCCGUGAGCUUGCCACCCGUGCGAAGACCAUCGACCACCUCACCACCUAUGAAGAAGUUGUUGACAAGCCAUUCAACCUUUCGCCCAUUCAGGUGCUUCACUUCGGUGUCCGCAAGGAAGGCCAGGGUCAUUUCAACCAGGGUAUUCUCACUCGCCUCAACAGGCCUAUCGGAGAAGAAGCGCUUCGCAAGGCUGUUGAGACUUUGAUCUCUCGCCAUUCCAUGCUCCGUGCUCGCUUCACUGAUACUGGGUCAGCGACUGCCUCGAGCCAGUACAUUACUCGCGACAUCAAGGGCUCUUACCGAUGGUGUCUGCACAAUGUUGAGACUAUGGACGAGGCCAACUCAUAUAUUGCUGAGAGCCAAGCGUCCAUCAAUUGCUUCUCUGGUCCAAUGCUAGCCGUUGAUUACUUCACCAUGGAGGGUCAGCCCGACAUCCUGUCCAUGACCGCCCACCACCUGGUUGUUGACAUUGUCUCAUGGCGUAUCAUCCUGGAAGACCUGGAAGAAUUCAUUCUGAAUCCCGAAAAGUCGGCCAGCAAUGACGGCUCACUUCCUUUCCAGAACUGGUGUCGCCUGCAAGAGGAGCACUGUCAGACUAUGCGUGCCGAGCAGAAGGUUUCUAAAGACAUUAUCCCUGCUCCGGACUUUGCCUACUGGGGUCUCGAAAACAAGACAACAACCUAUGGUGACGUUGAUUGUGCAUCCUUCGAGAUUGAUCCUGCACACACGAAUUCCAUUUUGUUGGAAUGUCAUAAGGCGCUUGGCACGGAGCCGAUUGACCUGUUCCUCGCGGCGAUGCUCCACUCUUUCGGUCGAUCAUUCCCCGAUCGCGCUUUGCCAACUAUGUUCAACGAAGGACACGGACGUGAGGUGUGGGACUCCUCACUCGACAUCUCUCAUACAGUCGGCUGGUUCACCAUCGUUCAUCCCAUCUUCCUCUCCGAAUACAACGCAGACAGUCCGAUUGAUACUCUGAUUCAGGUCAAGGAUCUCCGCCGCAAGGUUACUGAUAAUGGUCGCGCUGACUUUACUAACCGGGUCCUGCCCGCCGAAGGUCGCCAAGGACCGGAUCACCAUCACCCCUUCGAGAUGUCGUUCAACUACGUUGGACAGCACCGCGACCUCCAGCGGACUGAUGGCUUAUUCCAGCUUGUUGACGCGAUGGCCGGUGAAGCUGGUCAAGGAGGUGGUGCCGCCGAUUUUGGACGCGACACUCCUCGAUUUGGAUUGUUUGAGAUCUCGGCCAUGGUCGUUGGUGGAAAGAUCAGAUUCAACUUCUCCUUCAACAAGUUCAUGAAACACCAAAGUCGCAUUCACCAAUGGGUUUCCAACUGCCAGGAGCUGCUUGUAUCACUAUCUGAGCAGCUCCCUGCUCUAUCUCCCCGACUGACCCUGAGCUCUUUCCCCAUGCUUUCAUUGACCUACCCGAUCUUGGAUAAGGUGCUCAAUGAGAAGCUGCCAGCCAUGGGCAUCGAGUCUGCCGAUCAAAUCGAGGACAUGUAUCCCUGUUCCCGGAUGCAACAGGGUAUCCUGCUGGGUCGCAAGCGGGAUAGCUCAUACUAUGCCGUCCAUGAUACGUUUGAAAUUCGCGCCACGGCUGCAAGCAAGCCUAACCUCGACAGAUUGUUGAUUGCCUGGCAGCAAGUCGUUUCUCACCAUGCCAUGUUCCGCACCAUUUUUGUCGAGAAUCUCACUCCCCGGGACCCCUUCUGCCAGGUCGUGCUGAAGCGCUGCGAUACUGCCCCUGUGAUGCUGCACUCUUCAAGUGAUGAUGAUGUCCUGGCUACUUUUGAUAAACAGGAGCCCAAGGACUACGCUGAUGUCACACCUGCGUACCGCUUCACCGUCUGCCAGACACCAUCUGGAAGACUCUUUGCUCGCAUCGAAAUGAGUCACGCCGCGAUGGAUGGAAAUUCAAUUUCGAUUAUUCUUCGUGAUAUUCAAUUGGCAUAUGCCGGGCGACUGGAAGAGAACCCGCAACCAUUGUUCAAGGACUACAUGAAGUACCUGCAAGACGCACCCCGAGACAUCAGCAUCAACUACUGGUACUCGUACUUGAAUGGCGCCAAACCGUGCUUGUUCCCCGUACUCACCGAUGGAGAGCAACCUGGCAAGGCCCUCAAGUCAAUCCCAGUCCGCUUCAAUGGGUUGAGCCAGCUUCAAACAGUCUGCGAGCAGCGUGGAAUUACAUUGGCCAAUGUUUUCAAUGCUGCUUGGGGUCUCACCCUUCGCGCUUUCUGUGGCACUGACGAUGUUUCAUUCAGUUACAUGGCAUCCCUUCGCGAUCUACCAGUCGACAACAUCCGAUGGGUCAUUGGUCCGGUAAUCAACUUGUUGGUUUGUCGGAUGAAGAUGUCUGGUGAUUCAAAGCUCAGUGAAAUCUUGCACCAAGUGCAGAAUGAUUACCUGGAGAGUUUGCCUCACCGCCACACCUCGCUCAUCGAUAUCCAACAUGCCUUGAAGAUGUCCGAUAGCAACCUCUUCAACUCCGGUGUUUCUUACCGUCGACUUCCUGGCUCAAAGGAUGCUGUCAACAGCGAGAUUGAGUGCGCCGAAGUUGGAACGAUUCAUGACCCCGCUGAGUUCCCGGUUUUCAUGAAUAUCGAGUCUGAAGACACGAAAGCCCAUAUCGAUCUGAACUACUGGACUACGACUCUUUCAGAUAGCCAGGCUGCCAAUGUCGCAAACACCUAUCUGCGUUGCCUCGAGAACAUCACCUCCCACAUUGACGACGAGCUCCGCCAGCUGGACAACCUCGGGGAGGAGAAUCUCGCACAGAUCAAGACCUGGAACAACAAGAGCCCCCAAGCCUUCGAGAAGUGCGCCCACCAGGUCGUUCAGGAGAUGGCCAAGAAGCACCCCGAAUCUCUGGCAAUCACUGCCUGGGACGGAAGCCUCACAUAUGCCAAGCUGGACCAGUACUCUUCUCGCCUUGCUAGCUACCUGACCACAUUUGGUGUCGGCUCAGGCACUCUGAUUCCAGUUUGCUUUGAGAAGUCAGUGUGGAACAUGGUCUCCAUCGUCGCAGUCAUGAAAGCUGGCGGUGGGUGUAUCCCAGUUGAUGAACAAAGCAGGACACUGGUUGUGAAAUGGAUUGUCGACAAUGCUGUUCAAGUUGCCCUUUCCUCCCCGGAAAAGGCACAACUCUUGGAGGACACCGUUCCAUACGUCAUUCCAGUCAGCGAGUCUCUUCUCGAGUAUUUGUCCGAUGAGACCUUCAAGCCUGUUGCAACCCCAUCCGAUAUCGCAUAUGUUGCCAUGACUGCCGGUACUUCUGGCCCGCCCAAGACAGUGGUCUUGGAUCACUCGACCGUUAUUACUCGAGCUGAAGCGUUUGCAACCACCAUGGCGGUCGCGGACGUCUCCAGAACACUGCAGUUUGCAACUCACACAUCCGACUCUUUCCUUCAGGAGACCUUCGGCACUUUCAUGUGGGGAGGUUGUGUUUGUAUUCCUGCUGAUGUCGAACCGACCAGCUUGGCAGCUUCCAUCAAUGCGCUUCACGCCAAUGUGGCGAGCAUCACACCCACUGCGGCCAGCUUCUUCAUGCCCAAGGAUGUCCCUGGACUGCGAGCUCUUGCCCUUGGCGGUGAAGUCGUUACUCAAAGCAUCCUUGACCGUUGGCAGACCGAUGACCUUCAACUGCAAGUUCUGUAUGGCACAAGCGAGAUCUCAUCCGCUUGCUUCCACUCGUUCUGCCUCGAAGGACAAACCCAAACCGGCUCCGUAGGAAAGAGCUCAUCCUGCACUUCCUGGGUCAUUGAUCCUGCAAACCACGACUGUCUGGCUCCCAUCGGCAGUGUUGGCGAACUUGCUAUCGAGGGUCCCAUCGUCGCUCGCGGCUACUUGUACAACAAGGUGGCGGAGAGCAAUGCUUUCUUCGAGAACCCCUCAUGGCUGUCCUACCGUGGUGAUGUCCAAACUCGUCUAGUCAAGACCGGAGACCUUGUCCGCUAUAACUCUGAUGGAUCACUUACCUUCGCGGGUCGCAAAGCCAGAGAGACGGAAUCCGGUCUUGCUGCCGACUUCUUCCAGACCCAGGAGCGCAUUGACACUUCCCUGGAUGCCCAGAACAGAUGCUUUGUUCAGAAGGUCCAGUUGCAAGUCGAUGGUACCCAGACCCAGUACCUAGUCGCCUUUUAUGUGGCUGCGGAUGCUGUCUCGACUACCUUGGACGAGCCUGUUGUGCAGCCCCCUACCCCAGAACUGAAAUCCUCGAUCUGCAACCUGUACAGCCAAUUGAGUGUCAGUCUUCCUGGAAUCAAGGUCCCGAGUUAUUAUAUCCCCAUCUCCUCCCUUCCCCUCACCUUUGCUGGUAAACUUAACCGUAAUGGAUUGACCACAGCAGCACAGAACCUUUCAAGCAGUGCCUUCGAAUCCUAUAACAUCAAGAGCUGGAACGGAUCCAAGACCGCCAACCGCCUCUCGCGUUAUGCCGCUCUCCCGCAAGCUAGUGUUGCUUUCUGGAAGGAAUAUCUCGCGGGCGUUGAGGCAUGCGUUUUCCCUGCUCUCACCCACGAGGCAGUGGAAAGCGGCCGAGAGACCCGCACGCUCAACAAAGCCACCGCGAAAAUCCACGCUUUCAGCAAACUCUCUGGCUUGCCAACUGAGACUCUCUUCCAAUUUGCUUGGGCUCUUGUCCUGAGAUGGUACAUCGGCGCGGACGAUGUCUGCUUUGGGUAUUCCAGUUCAGGAUCCAAGCAGAGCGAUUUGGAAGUUCCCCAGGUCUCAGCUUGCAGAUUCCUGAUCCAGGGUGAACACAAUUUGCAGGAAACUCUUCAGAAGGCGAAGCACAACUUCGAGGGUAGUGCCGCGAAUACGGCAGCUUUGGACGCCGUCAAGCAUCAACUUGGACUUGACGAUACUGUUCUGUUUAACACCUCUUUGACCUAUCGCACUGCGUCCUCAGCCCUCAAGGGAGGUGUCUCUGAGUCACGCGCUUCUUCUAUCUACGACAUUUCUGUCGAAGCCGAGGUUUCGCAUUCUCAAGCAGAGAUUCAAUUCAACUUCGCCGCAGGAAUCCUCCCCACUUCUCACGCGGAUCAUCUCAUUGACAUGUUCGGUCAAGUUUUGGACGACCUGAUUGUCAAUAAUGUUAGCCAACGAACAGUUGGUGACCUCGAACUUCUUCCUGAGCGUUCCGUGCGCCAACUCAGAGAUUGGAACGCUGGAUCGCCCCCCAGAGUAGAGAAAUUCGCCGACGAGCUCAUUCAGCAACAGGCACUACUCCACCCGCGGACCGAAGCCAUCUGCUCGUGGGAUAAGAAUUUCACAUAUGGUCAACUAGAACUCGCCUCUAGUCGCCUUGCUCGCCAUCUGUCAAGCCUCGGCGUCAGACCUGAAGUAUUCGUCGUUCUUUGCUUCGAGAAAUCCGCCUGGGCUAUCGUCGCCCAGCUUGCGGUUCUGAAGGCCGGCGGUGCCUUCGUGUCGAUUGACCCAUCUCACCCCGAUUCGCGACUGAAGAUGCUGAUCGAAGAGAUCGGCGCUGAUCUUGUGCUAUGCUCCUCAUCCGCCCACGCAAAUGUGUCCAAGCUUUCCAAGCAAUCCUUUGCUGUUUGCCAAACUUCUGUCUCGCAACUGCCAGAGUCGACUCUAGCCUUGCCUGUCGGCCAACGCAGCCUUGACAAUGCCGCUUACUCUAUCUUCACUUCCGGUACUACAGGAAAGCCUAAGGCGACUGUGAUUGAGCACAUUGGUCUCAGUACCACGGCGCUGGCUAUGUCCGACGCUCUGCACAUGGAUAACGACACUCGCGCUUUGCAGUUCUCGAACUAUACCUUCGAUGUCAGCAUUCUGGAAAUCAUGAUGACUCUAAUCAACGGCGGUUGCGUCUGUAUCCCAAGCGAAGAAGAGCGUAUGAACAACUUGGGCGGCGCUAUUCGACGUAUGAACGCCAACUACAUUGCAACCCCUCCUGCCAUCGUCAACACACUGGAGCCAAAGAGUGUCCCCGCGCUCAAGACUAUCAUUACGGGAGGCGAGAAGAUGCCCUCGCAUCACAUUGACCGUUGGCACGAUCGAUUCGUCAUUAACUCCUACGGACCGUCCGAGGGUACUGUUGUGGCGACAGUUGGCGUGAAGGUUGACUGGGAAGGAAACUUCGUCAACAACGACCCAACAUCCAUCGGAACUGCUCCCAACUGCAGAACAUGGAUUGUUGAUCCUAAUAACUCCAACCGCCUGCUGCCGAUCGGCGCAGUUGGUGAGCUGGUUAUCGAAGGAAGCAACAUCGCCCGUGGAUACCUCGGCAACGAAGAAAAGACCAAGGCUGCCUUCUUCGAGAACCCUACAUGGAAUACUCACCCUGGUUUGCAGUCCGUGUUCAAGCGCCAUGAUCGCAUGUACCGCACUGGUGAUCUGGUUCGCUACAAUAUCGAUGGCAGUAUCACAUUCAUCUCCCGCAAAGAUACCCAGAUCAAGUUCAACGGAGUCCGUAUCGAAGUCGAAGAGAUCGAGCACCAAUGCACACGCUGCCUUCCAGAGAACUCACAAGUUGCAGUCGAUGUUGUCGUUCCUGAGGAGCGCACCAUCGCGAAGGGUCUCGCUGCAUUCUUCACUGUGCACGACCCGGAGUCCAAUGGCGGAAACAGCGAUCAAUUCGCUCCCACCAUCGCGGGCGCUGAUCCCCUUCUGCUUCCCAUCUCUGUAUCCAACAUGGAUGCCGUUCAGAAGCUGAAGAGCUCAUUGCCUGAUUUGCUGCCUCAAACCAUGAUGCCUCGCCUAUUCUUCCCAUUGAGAAACCUUCCCUUCACCUCCUCUGGCAAGAUUGACCGACGCAGAUUGAAGGCCAUGGUUCAAAGCUUGUCUAAGGAUACCCUCAAGUCCUACAUUACGUUCGACACCGCCGAAAAGAAAGAGGAGGCCUUGGGAACGGCCCUUGAGGCUCAGAUUGUUGCCUUAGUCGAGAGCACCCUGGGACUUGGAGCUGGAUCUGUCACUGCUGAUGAUAGCUUCUUUGCCCUUGGUGGUGACUCUCUUUCUGCCAUGAAUCUCGUUGGCGCAGCUCAGGCGGAAGGCAUUGCAUUGACCGUCUCAAGCAUUUUCAAAUCUCCCCUGUUGAUCGACAUGGCCAAGAGCUGUGACGUUUCCGGUGGUGCUGUUGAGAUCAAGAAGGCUGAUGUUAAGCCAUUCUCCUUGAUCCCAGCUGGAGUCGAUCAAGAUGCUUUGGUUGAUGAGAUCACUGAUAACUGCGAGGUCUCCAAGGAGCUCAUCACCGACAUUUACCCUUGCAGUGCGGUGCAAGAGGGCCUCCUGACCCUCUCCAUCAAACACAAUGGCGCUUAUGUGGCUCAACCAUCGUUCCGCCUCGCGGAUAAUGUUGAUGUGGCUCGUUUCAAGCAAGCUUGGCAGCAGACCGUUGCUGAUCUCGAGAUCCUCCGAACUCGCAUUGUCCACACUGACGCCAUGAACUUCGCCCAGGUCGUCCUUAAGGAUGUUCCCAUUCCCUGGGUGCAGGCGCAGUCAUUCGAGGACCUCCCAAUGGACUUCGCCAACUUGCCCAAACAAAACGGCGCGCCACUCACCGGAUACGCCCUCGUUCAGUCUAGUGCUUCAUCUCCUGUGCACUUUGUUUGGUCCGUUCACCACGCGCUUUACGACGGAUGGAGCAUUCCUUUGGUGUUCCGCAAGGUUGAGGAGAAUUAUUUCGGCACUGAAGCGAAGCACCAUGGUACUCCUUACAGCCUCUUCAUUGACUACCUUGUCAAGAAGGACAUGGAUGAGUCCGACGCUUUCUGGAAGUCCUACCUGGCUGGGGUGUCUAGUACACCCUUCCCCGUCAACAAGAAUGCCCUCCCCGACGCUAUGCGUGCCGGAAACACACAGCACCAUACCAUGAAGAUUUCUCGUGCCGCUAACAGCGUCGAUCUUACACUGCCAGUCCUCAUACGUGCUGCUUGGGCCAUCGUGAUUGGUACUCACACUUCAUCAGGCGAUGUUUGCUUCGGUGAAACCCUCUCCGGUAGAAACAUUGAUCUUCCUGGUGUUGCCGACAUUGCUGGGCCCGUUUUGACCACCAUUCCCACCCGCGUGCAGGUGGCCAACGACAUGUCAGCUUUGGAAUACCUGCAGAGUAUUCACAAAUCCACCACUGAGAUGAUUCCCCACCUCCACCACGGCCUUCAGCGCAUUCGUCAAAUCAAUAAAGACACCUCGUCUGGCUGUGAAUUCAACAACCUUCUCGUCAUUCAGCCCGGUGAUGAGCUCGAUAGCAAGAUCUGGACCAACGACAACCGACAAGCUGCAAGUGAAGAUUUCUUCACUCAUGCGCUCGUUGUCGAGUGUGCCAUUACCAAGACUGAUAUUGCUUUCACUGCUCACCAUGACGAACUCGUCAUCAACGGGUGGCAGACUAAGCGUCUGACGGAGCAAUUUGCACACGUGCUCGGUCAACUGAUCUCCAUGCCAAAGACCAGCAUCAGCAAGGUCGGAGACUUGGAUCUGGUCAGCCCUGCGGACAAAGCAGAAAUCGCCACCUGGAACGAACGUACACCUUUGGUGGUCGAGCGUUGCGUGCAGGACUUCAUCCGGGAGAAGUGCGAGGAGACUCCCAAUGCCCAGGCCGUGUGCGCCUGGGAUGGUAACUUGACCUACAGGGAGUUCUGGGACCUUGCAACCGGUUUCGCCAACUACCUCAUCUCUCGCGGAGUUGGCCCCGAAGUGUUUGUACCUGUCUGCCUGGACAAAUCAGCCUGGGCCAUGGUCACACUGAUCAGUAUUCUGAUUGCUGGUGGUGGCUACGUUCCAUUGGAUCCCUCCCACCCCACUUCACGACACGAGGAGAUCCUCGCUGAUGUCGGCGCAAACAUGAUUCUUUGCACGCCCAACUACACCAGCCGCUACAGCCGAGUUGUCAAGACAGUCAUUCCCAUCAGCAAAGAGACCGUCAAGGCAUAUGGCUCUUUGAAGGCUGCUUCCCGUGCCGGGACUCAGGUCAAACCUUCCAACAUGGCAUAUGCGCUAUUCACUUCUGGUAGCACAGGCCGAGCCAAGGGUAUCAUCGUUGAGCACCGGAAUGUGGUGAGCAGUAUCAUGUCAUUCGCCCCAUGGGUCCGUAUGGAUGAGACCUCCCGCGUUUUCCAAUUCGCGUCUCUGACUUUCGAUGCCGCUGUUAUGGAAACUCUCGCGAUCCUCAUGGUUGGUGGUACUAUCUGUGUGCCAAGUGAAGACGACCGACUCAAUGACGUUGCCGGUGCUAUCCGCCGUUUGAACGUGACUUGGACAUUCCUCACUCCUUCGAUUGCCAGUAUCAUUGAGCCGGCUUCAGUGCCUUCCCUCAAGCAUCUUGUUUGUGGAGGUGAAAAGAUGUCCAAUGAGGUCAUCACUAAGUGGGCCAACUCUGUUCACUUGAUGAACGGGUACGGACCAACUGAGACCUGUGUCUUCGCUGUUGUUGACAAUGCCGUUGCCACAAGCCGUGACCCUGCGCGCAUUGGAUACGGUAUCCCCAGUACCCUGACCUGGAUUGUUGACCCCGACAACCACGACCGACUGACACCACUGGGUGCUGUCGGUGAACUUGCCCUGGAGGGUGCGGCUCUUGCUCGAGAGUACCUCAAGAAUCCCGAGAAGAACGCAGAGGCAUUCGCCUAUGAUCCCGCUUGGAUCAAGGACUUCAAGCCUGCAGUCCCUGGACCCCGUAGGAUCUACAAGACUGGUGAUCUCUGCUACUACAACCCUGAUGGCUCUAUUGAGUACAUCAGCCGAAAGGAUCACCAGGUCAAACUGCACGGACAACGCAUGGAACUCGGCGAGAUCGAACAUCGUCUCAUGGAGAACCCCCUCACCCGGCAUGCAGUUGUCAUUCUUCCCAAGAAUGGCCCACUCAAGCAGCGCCUCGUCACUGUUAUGUCUUUGAACAGUGUCGCAGCCGACAAUAGUCUCAUCUCCGACAAGCCCUGUGAGCUUGUCGCCGAGGAUGAGCUCAAGCGCCAUGCAUACAAUGAGCUUGUGGAUGUCCAGAAGAGCCUCGAAGACCAGCUACCCGUCUACAUGGUGCCUCAGACGUGGGCUUUGAUCACUAAAUUGCCCAUGCUGGUCUCUGGCAAGCUCGACAGAAAGAAGAUCACCGCUUGGUUGGAAGAUAUUGAUGACGAGUCGUACGACCGCAUCAUGGCGGACUAUGAUCGCAUCAAGCGGGGUAAGACUGAAGAGAAGGAAAAGCCCCAAGAAAAGGAGGAGAAGGAUGAGUCUUUGAAGAGCAUUCGUGAGAUCAUCGCACAGGUGUUGAACAUCUCGCUGCAGAAGGUCAAUGUGGAGCGCUCUUUCGUCAGCCUCGGUGGUGACAGUAUCACCGGAAUGGCAAUCAUUUCGCGCGCCCGAAAGCAAGGCCUUGUGGUGACUUUGCAUGAUAUCUUGCAGAGCCGCUCGGUCAAGGAGCUCGCGCAGGCAGCCAAGGCCAAGGCGCCAGUUACCCAACGUGAAGAGAAGUCUGGAGAAGGCUUUGCUCUCUCGCCAGUGCAGAAGCUGUACUUCCAGAGCUCAAAUGCUUACCAAGGCGACGCCCGAUUCAACCAAAGCAUGACGGUUCGAAUCACACGCCGGUGCGAGGGAGAGGUCAUUCGACGUGCUAUCAAGGCUGUCGUUGGACAGCAUGCUAUGCUGCGUGCUCGCUUCAGUGCGGCAACCGGUGGUAUCUGGCAGCAAAAGACUGCAGCGGAGGUUGACGAAUCAUUCCGGUUCCGCGUCCACUCCGUCGAUGAUGCCAAGGCAAUGGUGCCGAAGAUUGGAGAAAGCCAGACAUGCCUGGACCCCAUCAAUGGGCCAAUCAUUGCCGCCGACCUGUUCAACCUGGGCAGUGGAGGCCAAGUUCUCUUCUUGGUUGCUCACCACUUGUGCAUUGAUAUGGUUUCUUGGCGCAUCGUGCUCCAGGAUCUCGAAGAACUUAUCGUUUCUGGUUCUCUGUCCAUGGACAAGGCUUUGUCUUUCCAAAGCUGGUGUGCAUUGCAGACGGAACGCGCUAAGACACACGAUGCCAACAUUUCAUUGCCCUUCACACCCAUCAAGCCUAACUUGGAAUACUGGGGUAUGCAGGAUGCUCCUAAUGUCUACGGCGAUAUCAAGAUGGAGUCAUUCACUCUGGCCGAAGACACAACCAACUUCAUUCUGGAUGGCUGUCACAGCGUUUUCCGAACUGACAUAGUCGAUAUUCUUCUAUCUGCUAUCAUUCAUUCCUUCGGUCGCACUUUCACCGAUCGCAAGGUCCCCACAAUCUACAACGAGGGUCACGGCAGAGAAUCUUGGGAUGCAAACAUUGACUUGUCAAGAACUGUUGGCUGGUUCACCACCAUGGCACCCUUGCAGGUUGACUCUGAAGCUCGUAAGUCAAGCCAAUCUUACUCAAAUAAUCUAAACCUGACAUACAAAGGCGCCCUGAGCGAUAUCAUCAAGCGUGUCAAGGACACACGCCGCAAGAUUGCCGACAACGGAAGACCUUUCUUCGCCAAGAACCUUCUUCAGGGAGAAGGUUCCGACUUCCCUGUCCCAUUGGAGGUCCUGUUCAACUACCUUGGCAAGAUGCAGCAACUUGAGCGUUCCGACUCUCUCUUCGGUCACCACGGCAGUGCUUUCGAUAGCUCUGACUUUGCCGUUGCCGGUGACAUGGGUCCUCGAACUGCCCGCUUUGCGCUCUUCGAAGUCUCCGCCAUUGUGAUCAAGGAGCGCCUCAAUGUCGCUUUCACAUACAACCGCAACAUGCAGCACGAGAUCUCGAUCCGACGAUGGAUCCUCCAGUGCAAGCAGACUUUGGAGAAGGACCUUCUGAACCUGAGGACCGCCACCCCGGAGCCCACUCUCAGCGAUUAUCCUCUGCUCCCCAUCAACUACCACGGUCUUCAGAUGCUUACGAACAUCACCUUCCGCAAGGCUGGUAUCCGGAACCAAGACCAAGUGGAGGAUGUCUAUCCCUGCUCCCCUAUGCAGGAAGGCCUGCUGCUCAGCCAGCUGCGUGACCCCAACGCCUACAUGUUCCACACUGUUUUCGAAGUGAAGGAUACCAGAUCUAGCAAGAUUGAUGCUGAACGACUUGCCCGCGCCUGGGAGAUUCUUGUGGAUCGCCAUCCCGUGCUCAGAACAAUCUUCGUUGAUAGCAACUACACCGGUGGCUCAUUCGAUCAACUGGUUCUCAAGACCUUGACUGGCAACCUCAAUCGGGUCGAGUGCCUCGACUCUCAACUGGAAGAGAAGCUGGCCGCUAUCUCGCUCCGAGACUUGAACGCCAUGCGUCAAGCCAAGCUUUCUCACCAGAUGACAGUCUGCAGAACGAACUCUGGCAGAGUGAUUAUGAAGCUUGAAAUCAACCACGCCAUCAUUGAUGGUGGUUCAGUUGACGUUGUGCUCCGUGACCUGACCCUCGCCUACGACCAAAAGCUCUCUGAGGGCUCCGGUCCACGCUUCAGCGAGUACAUCAAGUUCAUUAGAACUCAGAGCCAAGGAGAUGCCCUCAGUCACUGGAAGCAAUACCUGGGUGGAGUCAAUCCUUGCCACCUCGCACCCUCCGCCGGAUUCGAAUCGAAGCGCGAGCUGAAGGGCGUCCUGAUGAACUUCCAACGAUUCCCCGAGCUUCUCAAGUUCUGUGAGCAAAGCUCUGUCACCCUCGCCAACCUGACUCUGUCUGCUUGGGCGAUUGUGCUCCGCCAGUUCACCGGAUCUGACGAUGUAUGCUUUGGAUAUCUGUCUGCCGGGCGCGAUGCCCCUGUGAAUGGAAUCCAAGACAUGGUCGGAAUUUUCAUCAACAUGCUUUGUUGUCGGGUCAAGUUCUCCGCCCAACAGACUCUGAUUGAUGUUUCCAAGGAAGUUCAGGAUGAUUACAUCCGAUGCAUUCCCCACCAGAGCUGCUCUUUGGCAAGUAUUCAACAUGAGCUUGGCUGGCAAGGACAGUCUUUGUUCAAUACCACCCUGUCCAUUCAAAACCACUCCGUCGCCGGAGGCUCUCAAGAACAGGGCUUGUCUUUCGAUCUUCAACACGCACACGACCCCAGCGAAUACGCGGUCACUGUCAACGUUGAAAUUGCCCGCGGUCAAGAAGGCAUCCUUUUGAGAUACUGGAAUGAUGUCGUGUCUGAUGAUCAGGCACAGGCAUUGUCUGAUACCAUUGCGAGAGUCUUCACCGGGUUCAUUGAGUCGUCGACCGCGACUCUGUCACAAUCCAAAUUUGAUGUUCCUGCUCCCGCUGACCCAAUGCGCUGGGACUACUCUCAGACGACACUUGCCAAUACCACUUCAAACAAGUCCGUCAAGUCUGCGACAGAGGGAAUCGAUAGCACUACCAUUCAGAAGAUCAUUGAUGAUCGUGUUCAUGAGAUUAUUGGUCGGAUGUUGAAAGAAGGAAAACUAACAGUGCCUCCAGCUCAGGAAGAUUCAGUGUCUAGCUACAACAACACUGAUACUUCCGCAAGCUCGCCUUACGUCUCCCAAAUUCAAGGAGCCGAUGACUCCGGUGUUUGCUCGGAGACUUCCGAUGCCAGUGAGGAUGGCACGUCCGCUGAGGUGGAAAGAAAGCUGUGGACCCUGUGGAGCACAGCUCUCGGUAUCUCUCCCAACGUGGUGAAACACCAAGAGAGCUUCUUCAAGCUUGGUGGUGACAGUAUCACCGCCAUGAAGAUGGUCAGCGCUGCACGGGAAGAAGGUCUGGUCCUUACCGUUGCCGAUGUGUUUAAUAACCCAGUGUUUGAGGACAUGCUGAGCACCGUUCGGGCCGCCAAUGUUACCCAGCAAAUGCUGGACAUGGAUCUCCAGAUGUCCCACAAGGAUGUGGAGGCCGAGUUCUCCCACGGCUCGUCUCCGAACCUGGUUCAAAACCCCUCCACCGAAAGCAUCGAGGUCCUCAAGCCCUCCUGGGUUGAUGAUGCUGCAGUCGCACGUGGCAUCUGCCCGAAGAUUGGAGUGUUCAAGGGUGGCAUCGCCGAUGUUCUCCCUGUCACGGACUUCCAAGCAAUGUCGCUCACAGCAACCCUGUUCAAGUCUAGGUGGAUGCUGAACUACUUCUACCUUGAGGGCAGAGGUCCCCUGGACCUCCGACGCCUCCGCGCCAGUUGCUUGAAGGUUGUCGAUGCAUUUGACAUCCUGCGAACUGUCUUUGUCUGCUUCCACGAUCAGUUCUUCCAGGUCGUGCUGCGAAAGAUCCGCCCUAGCAUCUUUGUCUACGAGACCGAUCGUGCUCUUGAUGAAUUCACGAUGACACUUCAGCAGAGAGACCGUGAAUAUGGUCCUCGUGAGGGUGAACAGUAUGUGCAAUUCUACGUUGUCAAGAAGAAGGGCAGCGACCAGCACCGCAUCUUGAUCCGCCUUUCGCACACUCAGUAUGACGGAGUGUGUCUACCAAGAAUCAUGGCUGCUCUCAAGAGCGGAUACGAGGGCACACCACUCGCUCCUAUCACUCCCUUCGCCACCUAUCUUCGUCAACUUCCAGGUGUGAUCAGUCCAGACCACUACCGUCACUGGUCCGAGCUGCUCAAGGGCUCCCAGAUGACCCAGAUCGUGCGACGAAAUGACACCAGCAUGUUCCAGAAUGUUGGAGCAUACACCGAAAUCAACCGCAAGCUCGAGAUCCCUCCUGCGGCACUGGGCAAUGUCACCAUCGCUACCGUCAUGCAAGCAGCCUGGGCCUUGACCCUCGCCAAGCUGGCCGGUAAAUCUGACGUUGUCUUCGGUUUGACCAUCAGUGGUCGCAACGUCAACGUUCCCGGAAUUGAUAACACCGUUGGCCCUUGUGUCAAUGUCAUCCCCGUCCGAGUCAGACUCGAUGAGAACUGGACUGGACGCGAUCUCUUCCGUUACCUCCAAGACCAACAGGUCUCGAACAUGCCCUACGAGUCUCUUGGCUUCCGCGAAAUCAUCAAACAAUGUACCGAAUGGCCCGACUGGACUUACUUCACCACCUCUGUUUUCCACCAAAACGUGGACUACGAGGGCACUCUUGAACUCGACACCAACAAGUACCGCAUGGGUGGUGUUGGCGUGAACGACAACCUGGCAGAUCUGACCAUGGUGUCGCGCCCGGAUGGCGAGAACAGCCUGUCUGUCAUUCUAGGAUACUCCGAGAAGGGCCCCGUCAUGCCAUCCUUCGCCGAAAAGGUUCUGGACAUGGCCUGUGAGAUGGCGAAGUCCCUGAUUUCCACCCCGAACAUGCCACUUCCUUCCGCAAGCAUGCUGCGCUCUUUGACACCGCAGACCAUCGACGACAUGCCUCGUCCCACAGAUGAACACUUCCUCAGCGCUCACCUCAAAUCCCGCUCCAUCGCCGAGCUCCUCGUCCACUCGGACAUUCUCUCUCGCUCAUGGCACCAGGUUCUCCCCAGUCGCAACCCAUCGACACCCGUUGACGUCGACGAGAAGCAAAACCAGCCAUCUCCCUUCCAAUUGGACUCGUCGUUCUUCGACCUUGGAGGUGACGUCUUCAAUCUGGCUCAGCUUACCUGGCUCCUGGAGCAAGAAGGUCUCAAGGUCCGUCUUGAAGACCUGAUCGAGCAUCCUUCUUUCCUGGGCCAGAUGGCCGUUCUGGCGCUCCACAAUGCCAAGCAUGUGGAAGAUCUUCCGGCCGAGACGGUUGCAACUGGUGCCGCGCUGCCUGAUCCUGAGGCCCGCCCCCGCCUGAAGAAGGCCAACACAUGGGAUAAGGCGAAGGUGCUUGCUCGCAAGCUGACUCGGCGAAACAACAAUCUUGUUGACAAGGCAUGA